CCAUAUUCACUUCCUCCAAGAGACACAGAAAUUUGAAGCAAAAACUACGACAAUGUCUGGUAAAGUCAUUCGAUGCAAAGCUGCGGUGGCACGGGAAGCUGGGAAGCCACUGGUAAUAGAAGAAGUGGAGGUGGCACCGCCACAAAAAAUGGAAGUCCGAUUGAAGAUCCUCUUCACCUCCUUGUGCCACACCGAUGUCUAUUUCUGGGACCCUAAGGGACAAAACCCUUUGUUUCCUCGCAUAUUAGGCCACGAAGCCGGAGGAAUUGUGGAGAGUGUGGGUGAGGGUGUGACAAACCUGAAACCAGGAGACAAAGUCCUCCCGAUAUUUACCGGAGAAUGUGGUGAGUGCCGCCAUUGUAAGUCGGAAGAGAGCAAUAUGUGCGAUCUUCUCCGGAUUAAUACUGAUAGGGGUGUCAUGAUAAAUGACGGAAAAACAAGAUUCUCGAAAGAUGGCCAGCCAAUUUACCAUUUUCUCGGCACCUCAACGUUCAGCGAGUAUACUGUUGUUCAUGCCGGGUGUGUUGCUAAGAUCAAUCCCGAUGCUCCCCUUGACAAAGUCUGUGUUCUUAGCUGCGGAAUUUCCACCGGUAUGGGUGCAACCUUGAAUGUUGCCAAACCGAAGAAGGGUAUGAGUGUUGCUGUUUUCGGGUUAGGAGCUGUCGGUCUUGCUGCUGCAGAAGGAGCUCGGAUUGCUGGGGCAUCUAGGAUCAUCGGUAUUGAUCUGAAUCCGAGUAGGUUCAACGAAGCCAAGAAAUUUGGUGUUACCGAGUUUGUGAAUCCAAAAGAUCACGAUAAACCGAUUCAAGAGGUGAUUGCUGCGAUGACCGAUGGUGGAGUUGAUAGGAGUGUCGAGUGCACUGGAAAUGUUCGGGCUAUGAUUUCGGCUUUCGAAUGCGUUCACGACGGUUGGGGUGUAGCCGUUCUUGUUGGUGUGCCGAAUAAAGAUGACGAAUUCAAAACUCUUCCCGUUAACCUGUUGAACGAGAGGACUCUGAAGGGCACUUUCUUUGGCAACUAUAAACCCCGUUCAGAUAUUCCUGGUGUCGUUGAAAAAUACAUGAAGAAGGAAAUAGAAGUCGAGAAGUUCAUAACGCACCAGGUUAGUUUUGCGGAUAUCAACAAAGCUUUCGACUACAUGCUCAAGGGAGAAGGUCUCCGUUGCAUCAUUCGUAUGGAGGCGUAGGUCGUGAUCCGGUUGGUUUGUAGUGACUAGUGAAUACUAAUAAUGUAUAAAGGAAUGGAAUAAAGCAUGGUUCAAUGGGGACUUGUAAGGCCCAUGAAUGUACCAGCCGAUGACAACGUUUUAAGCUAUAAUACA